AUGGAUGCCUUCUCGGGGUACAACCAAAUCCUAAUGCAUCCGGAUGAUCGGGAAAAGACUUUGUUCAUCACAGAUCGAGGAAUCUACUGCUAUAAGGUCAUGCCGUUCGGUCUCAAGAACGCGGGAGCCACGUAUCAAAGACUCGUGAACCGCAUGUUCGCCAGUCAGCUCGGAAAAACGAUGGAAGUAUACAUUGAUGACAUGCUGGUUAAAUCCCUGCAUGCUAAGGACCACGUAUCUCACUUAUCAACGUGUUUCGACAUUUUGAACGAGUACGGGAUGAAACUCAACCCCGCCAAAUGCACCUUCGGCGUAACGGCGGGCGAGUUCCUGGGUUACAUCGUCACCGAGCGCGGCAUCGAGGCUAACCCAAAGCAGAUAUCCGCAGUUCUAGACCUACCUUCCCCGACUUCAAAAAGGGAAGUGCAAAAACUCACAGGCCGAAUCGCCGCUCUGAACAGAUUUAUCUCCAGAUCGACGGAUAAGUGUCUGCCUUUCUACCAGUUGUUGCGAGGUAACAAGCAUCAUACCUGGAGUGCCGAGUGCGAAGAUGCUUUCAAGCAGCUGAAAACAUAUCUCUCGACUCCCCCCAUCCUAGCUAAACCCGAGAAUGGCGAGAUGCUGUUCUUAUAUAUCGCUAUUUCCGCUUUUAGCGUGGUGACUUCUGCUCGGAAACUUCGGCCAUAUUUUCAGUCCCAUUCAAUCACAGUCUUAACCGACCAGCCGCUCCGAACCAUUCUACACAGUCCAAGCCAAUCAGGUCACCUCGCGAAAUGGGCCGUCGAGCUAAGCGAGUACGAUAUAGAAUACAAGAACCGAACUAGCGCGAAAUCCCAAGUACUCGCCGAUUUCCUGAUCGAGCUCCCAAAAGAGUUCGUUGUCGAACAGCAGCCCCCCGAGCUAUGGAUUCUACAUGUCGAUGGAUCGUCAUCGCACCGGGGAUCAGGUGUCGGAAUCCGCCUAAAGUCUCCAAGCGGCGAGAUCCUCAAACAGUCGUUCCGCCUUGAAUUCCCAGCAUCAAACAAUGAAUCUGAGUACGAAGCCCUACUUGCCGGACUACGAUUGGCUAAAGGGCUCGGUGUGCGACAUCUUCACGCUUUCUGCGACUCGCAGCUCGUCGCGAGUCAAUUAAGCGGGGAAUACACGACCAAAAACGAACGAAUGGACGCGUACCUAACAACGACUAAGGCACUCAUCUCGCAGUUUGAGACGUUUGAACUCACCAAAAUCCCUCGCGGCGAGAACUCGUCCGCCGACGCGUUAGCCGCCCUAGCUUCCAGUUCCGACCCGCAUAUGAAGAGAAAAAUCCCGGUCGAGAGUAUCCCAGAACCAAGCAUCAAGACCGCGCUGAAAUGCAAUUUUGCCACCCGACGACGGAACUAUAACGAAAAUCCGGCCUCGUCAAAAACGCAACGCAAGAAUGCCGAGCAGGUUCUUGAGGAUAAUGCCGAACAGACUCUCGAGGACCCAGCCGCCGAUCACGACUUCGAGCACAUAACUGAAGGAAUUCAUAGCCCAUCAACCAGUGAAAACCAGGGGAACGAGUCCGCCGAAGAUUGGACAGCCGAACUGCGAGAAUACCUCCUCAAUGGCAAAGUCCCUGAAGACAAAUGGGCUGCUCGUCAUCUUAAAGUCCGGGCUGCUCACUACACAAUGCAUAAAGAUAAACUGUAUUGUUGGAGCGCAUCCGGAGUACUCUUGGCCUGCGUCUCAGGGAACGAUAUAGUCGAGAUCAUGCGCGAAAUCCACGAAGGAUCCGGUGGUAAUCACUCGGGAGGUCGAUCCCUUGCUCUGAAAAUAAAAAAAGCCAGCUAUUUUUGGCCGACAAUGAACGCGGACUGCGAGAAGUUUGUCAUGAAGUGCGAUAAGUGCCAGCGCCAUGGUCCAAUGAUAAACGUGCCGACCGAGCUGCUGCAAACCAGUACGGCCCCUUACCCUUUCAUGCGGUGGGCUAUGGACAUCGUUGGCCCUUUAUGCCGAUCAACAAGUCAAAAACAUUUCUCGACCCCGCGAUAUCCGCAAGGCAACGGUCAAGCCGAAGCAACCAACAAAACCAUUCUGGACGGCAUAAAGAAGCGUCUUGAGGCUAAGAAAGGCACUUGGGUGGACGAACUCGACGGAGUCUUAUGGUCGCAUCGAACUACUCCCAGACGAUCGACCGGACAAUCCCCCUUCUCCUUAGCAUACGGACUUGAAGCACUCUGUCCGGCAGAAGUCAGCAUCCCAACAUUAAGAUAUUCCGUGCUCCCCGAGAACCCCGACCUCAACGACCAGAUGGUGCUCAACAACCUCGAUAACUUGGAAGAACAGCGAUGCUUAGCUCUCCUCCGAAUCCAGAACUAUCAAAAGCUCGCUGCUCGCUAUUACAACAAGAAAGUACGAGGUCAGCAUUUCGAUGAAGGCGACCUUGUUCUGCGCAAGGUGUUCCACAACACCGAGGAGUUAAACGCCGGCAAGCUGGGAACGAACUGGGAAGGUCCUUAUCAGAUAAUGAGAAUCGUCAAGCCCGGAGUUUACGAACUCAUGCAACUCGACGGAACGCCGAUCCCGCGAUCAUGGAACUCAGACAACCUCAAGCGAUAUUACUACUAA